CGUUUUACUAACAAUACUUAAGUUUUGCGUAAGUAUUGGCGUAAGUUGACAAGUUACGAAUAACGUACGCAUUUCGUAAGUGCGUUUUACUAACAUUGCGUAAGUUUGACAUCGUACGUAAGUGAAAAAAAUGAUCGUAACUCUCCAACUUGGAGGUGACAUGUAAACAAACAACAACAACUCUGACGGUUAAACUAUACUAUUUUUACUUUGUUGUUUUAUGUAACCCAUCUGCUUUCGUAAGUGUGUUGUCACCUAGUGUCGUCUGCACUUGUUUAAGUUGUAACUUGUCACAAUGGAUGCGGUAACGCUUAAUGAGAAGAAAAGAGAAAAAAGGAAAUUGAAUUGGACAAAAAUAGAAACGGAGGUGUUAGCAGCUGCUUACAUCGAGCAGCAUGCGUUGAUAAACGGCAAUUUUUCAUCGACGUUGUCUGGAAAAGAUAAGGAUCUUGCGUGGGAAAAAAUUGCAGAACAAAUAAACGCACUGGGAGCAGAAGAAAGAACAGUGGAAGAGAUCCGGAAAAAGAUUUCCGACACGAAAACAAAACUGAGAAAGAAAGAAAGACAACGGCGCCUAUCAAUGAAACAAACGGGAGGGGGGCCAGCAAUCACACUGGAGAAGUGGGAGGAGAAAAUGAUAGAGGUUAUUGGCGAAGAGUCGAUUGUGGGGUUCGGUGGUGUGGACACGUUUGCUGUGCAACGUGAGUAA